AUGGCUCUCCGAUCCAUUAUAUAUCUCACAAUAAUUACCCUAUUCGCCAAUUACACAAUCGCAGACCAACAAAAGAUACUCACUCACGGCGAUGGAGGAUUCGGCGUGAUCAAAAAAGCCCUCUCCAAAGCCAAAAUCAUCCCCCAAGUCCUCGACGACUUCACCCCAAAAUGCUUCGUCGUCCCCUCCUACUCCACCGGCAAGCGUGAACUUCCCGUAGCACUCGGAAACCACUUCAAGACCUCAACCACCAAAUCACGACCCUCACUCCGUCUCUAUUGUCCAGAGAUGUCUCAGACCGAGGGCUUGACAAUCGCAUUAACAGAUCCAGAUGCGCCAUCGAGAGACGAUCCAAAGUGGUCUGAGAUGUGCCAUUGGAUUAGUGUUGUUCCUGUGCCGGAACCGUUGAGUUAUUGGGAUUUUAGUAUUGAUGAGGAUGCGUUUGGGGAGGAGUUGAUGGAGUAUAAACCUCCUGGGCCGCCUGCGAAGACGGGGUAUCAUCGUUAUGUUUUCGUUUUACUAGAGGGUGAUAAUACGAAUCUUACUGCUCCUAGUGAUCGCCAGCAUUGGGGUACUGAUAAGAAGAGACAUGGAGUCAGGGAUUGGGCAAAUAGGGAGGGUCUCAAGGUUAUUGGAGCAAAUUAUUUCGUUGAGAAGAAUAAGAAGCAGUGA